AUGAUCCAUUCAGACUACCAAUCAUCAGAGGGCGUUGCAUUGUCAAGUGCUCACAGAGAACAGAUGGAUUCUUCGGCCGAUGAUCAACAAGAGCAAAAGGCAGAAGAAGUAAAAGAGGAGAAAACAGACACAGAAGAAGAAAAAACUGAAACAAAAACAGAAGAGAAAACAGAAGAAACAAAAAAGGAAGAAGAAGAGGAGAAAAUGGAGGAGGAAAAAGCAGAUGAGGAAGAAGUGAAAAAAGAACCAGAAGAAAAGCCAGAGAAAGUGAAGAAUUUUGAAGAAGAGAUUGAUGAAGGCAACAUCUCAACAGCAGCUGCGGCAGCUCUAGCUGCAGCGGCAGUCAAAGCGAAGCACUUAGCGCAAGUAGAGGAACGCAAGAUUAAAAGCUUGGUAGCAUUCUUGGUUGAGACACAAAUGAAGAAAUUGGAGAUUAAAUUGCGCCACUUUGAAGAACUUGAGACAAUCAUGGACCAAGAACGAGAAGCACUUGAAUAUCAACGGCAACAACUUCUUGCUGAUCGUCAACAAUUUCAUCAAGAACAGUUGAAAGCUGCUGAGAUGCGUGCCCGCCAACAUGCCCACGCCCUUGCGUCAGUUGUCCAGCAAGGGGCAAGUCUAGCUCCAUUGCCCACUGGUAUGCCACAACAAGCAUCAGCAUCACAGGUAAUUCCUGUACCAGCUGAGGUCACGUCUGUAGCAGACAAGACCACACCUGUCCCUCCGACUGAGCCGACCUCAACCGAUACUCCUACAGCAGCACCUGAAGCUGAAGAGCAAAGUACCCCCUCUGGAGACCAGACUGUUCCCUCAGUGAUUGCUCAGAACCCGACUUUGGCUGCUGCCCUCUGUGGUGAGCGCCCUCCAGAGCCAGAGCACAUGCCCGUCAAAAAUGCACCCUUGCCACCACCUGGCUAUUGGUUUGAUUGAAUGGCUAAUCCCAAGUUCAAGCAACUCACAAGAUGAAGAAGAAUUACCAAUGGAGACAACAGAGGAAUCUAGCACGGAAUUACCACCAGCAGAACCAACGGAAUCCUGAAUCAACCACACCAAAAUCCUCGCGGUAGAGCAAAGAGAUUCUUUAAUGUGGUUUGCAAGAAUGGACACAACAGCAUACAGAACUUUGCAGACACAAUCACUGAAACAGUGAAAUUAAACCAAUGAAUAACAAAUGAGCAGUUUUGUUGCGUAUAUUAACAUUUCUAAAGCUCUGUCCAGACUAUCAAAUUAUAUUUGACAAACACAUGUGACACCUAAAUAUGGUCAUGAUGACAUCACAUCAUGACCAUAUAUAGGCACAUUAUGUCUAUAUAUGGGCAUACAACAGUUUUUUUGUCUAAGAAAAUUGGGUAAUUUUGACAGGACUUAAUACCUGAUUCACACAUGACAAAAUUAAUUUCAAAAAAGUCUAAAAAAAAUCAACUGCUCAAUGUUACAAGAAAGAUAUUCUACCAAUAUCACUGUUACCUUUACAUGUUGAAUUAAACCUUGCUAAUUAAUAUGCAGGCAAUGAAGAUACACGCACUGCCACAAUAAAUGGUAAGCCCCGUGAGCGUGUGGACGGAUUCUUGCUAACUAUCUCGGGUGUUACUUGCUUCUGUGAUGUCUGUUUUCUUAUUCGGAUAGGAUGCAUCCUAACCUUGAAAUUAUACCGAUUCACACAGAUACAAUGUGGUAGAAGGCAUGUGUUAACAUUUUCUUAUAUGAAUUGCGUAUAAGAAAAUGUGUCCCAUCAUUUUAACACAUACUGUACUGUUUGGUAAUCUGAACAUACUUGAUUUACUGCCCAACAAAAAUACUAAAAGUGCUCUUCACAUACAUUAUUGUAGGUUAAAACCAAGGUAUACUAUAAAUAAUUUAACUUCCUGACUCUACAGUAGUCACUACACUCUCCUUAGAUGUGAAUUUAGUCUGCGAAUCGAGGCAUUAUGGGACGGAAUAAUAUUGCUUUGUAAAGCUGUCGUAAAUUUGAUAUUUAACUCAUCAGAAGCCUGAUUGUACUCUAUGAUAAAAUAUGACAUGUUUGUACCCAUACUCUUACAAGGUUUGUCCCACUUGUGUUCCUCCAAGUGAAAAAUUUAGGCUACAAUAGGUUUGAAAAACUCGGAGAGACAGUUUAAGCGAUAUUAGAUCAAUGCCAAGGGAGGCGGUAGCUGGAAUUGCGACGGAGGAAAUCGGUUAAAUUGUCUCACAGGGUUGUAUAUCGGCCUUGGGAAUCUCAAUUUAAUGAAUUUUGAGAAGUUUUUCCUAUUUUGUUUUUGAAAACUAUCACUUUUAUUCUCACCUGUUGGCAAGAUAUAGCUGGCAGAUUUCUGUUCAAUACACACACAACGGGAAAAUUUACAUCAGCAUUUGUUGUAUACCAGUGUAAACUUAUAUUGAAAAAUAGUCCUAUGUUAAUCAUGUAUUAAAGUGUGCCCAACGGUCGUCGGCCGACGAGAUUUUAUUUAGAAAGCAACAUCACAAGGCACGCGCAACAGAUCGUCUUUAAUGACAAUCCGUUUAGAACUGCCAUCGACAAACAGCAGGUGGCAUCGCUGCGUCUGACGCCCACAGCAACCCGAGCUGUAUUCAUCGGCCCACGGUUGUACGACAUAAAAUUUUAUUGUUAAAAAUCCACCAAAUAUUUAUUAAUUAUUUGUUCUGUUUAACAUUCAUAUGUUAAUUAUGCAUUAAAACUUUUUUGGAAAAAAUAGUUUUAAUAUUCUAUGGGUUUAAUAAUUAAUUAUGUACUUCUGAAUAUUCAUGAUAUAUUAAUUAUACCUUAGAUCUGCAUAAUUGUGUAUUGUUAAAAAUCAUCUGAAAAUGAUUUUUUUUUUACUGAACCAAUUGUGUGCUUUUAAAUAUUUAUUUUGUAUAUAAUGAAUAUUUAUAAGCAAACUCAUGAGAACAGAUAGCUUAUUUUUCCCAUUGCCUAAAAUUGUAUUUAAAAUUUUGGAAUAUGCCCAAAAAAUUAAUGGGGAUGAAAAUGAUGAGAUUAAAAGUGUUUUUAAAGAACAUUAUCUCUAAGUCACGUACCAGGAUAUGUGUAUCCAGCAUUUUCCAUAUCAUCAAACCAAUUUUUCUGGAAUGCCUGCUGCCAGAUGGUUCGUGUCCAUGUCCGUUUUCAGUGGAAAAACAAAAUUGAUGUGUUUGCCAUUUUAGCUGCAAAUACUCCCAUCUGGCUAAUGGCAUCUGUAUCUGUUUUUAGUAUUAUUUCAUCAUUUUUAUACUCUUCCGAUUUUCUGAAACGGGUAAUUGUAAAAUUGCUCCGUGAUCUGUUUGAUAUGCUGCCGUUUGUUUUUCUAAUAUUUAUUCCCCCCAACUUCCUGUCCCUAUUUGUAAGAUAUUGUUUUGAUUUGCACAUCAACAGUCAUGCUUGCUCAGACCUCUGUUAAGUAUUACAUAAUUGUUGAUGGAGAGCGAGAAGAGAUUGCUAAGUGUAAUAAAUUAAACCCCUUCCUUGCGUGUUUUUUCCACACAUGUUUGUACUCUGAAUUAUAUUCAAUGUGUUGUCAUUUUUAGAAAUGAAGUCUUAAUUGAUUUUGAUUGAAAUCUGUCCGACAAAAUUUUUUUUUUCGGAAAUAGAUAUUUUGUAUCAUGUGUUGAUAUAUUAGGGUGCUCUAUAGUGUAAAUAAAUAGUGUUGUAGGACGUAGAAAAAAAAAACAGUAGCUCAAAAAGUAACAUAUUCCCUUGAUUAGUAGGACAAAAUCUCCAACCAAAUGUUGUAUAUUUUGAAAUUUUUGCUAAAUCUGACUUUCCUAGCUGCUUUUAAAAGCCAGUAAAAAAAUCACUUUUUUUAUCAGUUGUUGUCAUCAUCAUCAUCAUCAUCAUCACUGUUAAUUUUAUAAUUGUUUGUUAUUAUUGUAAUUGUUAUAUUUACCAGCAUCAUUGUUAUUAUUAUUAUUAUUAUUAUUAUUAUUAUUAUUAUUAUUAUUAAUAUUAUUAUACAUAUUUAUGUGUAAUGUAGGAAUAAAAUGUCUAAAAGAUUCCAGUGUUCUGUACGAUGUAUUUCUGGCUAUAAGUUUGAAAUACUUAAUCUCGAUUAUGUAGGCCUUGGUGCCCACGAAAUGAACUCAUUGACGUAUGAUGUAAAAAGUAUCGUCUGCUAACCAGGUCAUAUGAUCAAUUUUGAGGCUUAUGAUGAGAGCCGGGUGAUUAAGAAUGGCUCAAUAUUAUAGUACCUCGUUGUAUCUAAUGGCAACUUUUUUCAUUGUCUUUUUAUGUAAUAAACAUUUUCUGAUAACGCCGA